AUGAAAUUAGUUCAUCAGUUAUAUUUGACUGUAAUUGCAUGUCUUUUGCAACAAAGUAACAGCCAGCUUUUGAAAGCAAAAAAUCGUGAGGUGGCCGGAUUCACCAAAUCGGAUCAAGAUAAAUGGAUUGCUCCAUACACGUUCAUACAAGGAACAGAUCCUCAACCUGGCCUUAUUGACACGAUUUCUGGCGGUAAUGGUACUGUUUGGGCAGAAGAUAUUCGACGCUUGAAUGAAGCUGUAUCAGAUAUUAAUGAUAUUAAGGAUAAACCAAAGUUCUUCUUCAUUAGUGGGGAUCUAGUUGAUGCCUUUCCAGGAGUUGAACCUUAUAGGCAACAGCAGAUUGAUGACGUUAAUGAAAGCCUUGCAGAUUUGCAGAUACCUACUUUGGUUAUCAGUGGAAAUCAUGACAUACUGAAUACACCCACUAGAAAUUCGAUAGAAGAGUUUAAACAGAUAUGGGGAGAUGAUUAUUAUAAAUUUUAUUGUGGAGGUGUUCUCUACAUUGCACUUAACAGUCAAUACUUUUAUGAUUCAUCAGAAGUACAAGAUCUAGCACAAGCUCAAUCGGAUUGGCUUCAAAAUGAGCUUCAACAGGCCAAAUUGGAUGAAGACCUUGAUAAUAUAGUCAUUCUCAUGCACAUUCCUUUAUUCUUGAAACAUGGAGAUGAAGAUGAUGAUGCUUAUUUCAAUAUACCUCGAUCAUUGAGAAUGGAUCUUCUUGACAAAUUCAUGGAGGCUGGAGUUAAAAUUGUCUUCAGUGGUCAUUAUCAUAGAAAUGCUGGUGGAAAGUGGUCAAAUGUGGUAAAUGGAACGAACCUGACAAUAGAAAGUGUUGUGAAUUCUGCAAUAGGUGCCCAACUUGGUGAAGAUAAAUCUGGAUUGAGAGUUGUCAACGUAGAGUCGAAGGACAUUACUCACCAGUAUUACACGCUAGACGAAUUACCAGAUGCUUUAAAUCAUGGGCUUGAAUUAUACUUGAAUUAUAAAGCAAUCACCAUAAUACUAUUGAAUUGUACUUUCUUGAAUUCUUAUGCCUAUAGGUAG